UUCAGAUCUUGUGAAUAGGAAGAUCUCUGGAUAUAUAUUGACCCAUUUUGCAGCUGGAUUAGAGAAAAAAGAGAAGAUGGAGGGACAACACCCAGCAGAUGUAGGAACUGGAAAAGGCCCUCUUGCUUGGAGCUGUGGGAAGAAUGGGUCACGUUUUAGGCAGAAGAUCCAGGAAGUGGGAACUAACGCUUUAGAGGUCCACUGCUGUCACCUCAGCAAAGUACAGUUCCAGAAGGUGACUGGGCCCCGAGAUGUUUGCAGUCACCUCCACCGCCUUUGCCUUCAGUGGCUGCAGCCAGAGAGACACACGAAGGCUCAGAUGUUGGACCUGGUUCUCCUGGAGCAGUUCCUGGCUGUCCUUCCCCCAGAGAUGGAGAAAUGGGUACGGGAGUGUGGCGCAGAGACGAGUUCCCAGGUGGUGGCCCUGGCCGAAGGGUUCCUGCUGAGCCAGGAGGAGGAAAAGAUGCAAGAAAAGUUGCAGAUAUCCUUGGAAGCAGCCACUGAGUAUGUCAAGGGAAGGGAAGAAUCCAAACUCUCUCAAGAGCUACUGAUUGGGGAGAUCUUUCAGAAAGAUCAAAAUCAGGAUACCAUGUCAGAGAACCAAAAGCACUCCUUGAUGUUUUUCGAAUCACUUCCUCUUUGGGAUGUAGCUGAAAGAGCAACUGCACCUCGGCCUCAGGAUCUUGUGACUUUUGAGGAAGUGGCUGUGUAUUUUUCUGAGGAAGAGUGGUGUCAGCUGGAUCCUGACCAAAAAGCUCUCCAUGGGGAGGUCAUGCUGGAGAAUUCUAGGAAUCUGGCUUCCCUAGACCUUAAACAAGCGAUGUCAUUCUGA